AUGGGUCAUGGAGACGAUGCAGAUUCAGCAAAAUACCAGUCUAGAGACAAGAAGCAAAGUGUUAAUAGGAAUAUUUGUGAUCACGGUGGUGUUAAUGGGUAUAUUAGUGAUCACGGCAGUGGUAAUGGUGGUUAUAAUGGUGAUACUGGUGGUUAUAUUGGCAGCAAUAAUAAUGGUGGUUACCAUGGUGAUAUUGGGAAUACUGGUGGUAAUAUUGGCGGCAGUAAUAAUGGUGGUAUGGGCAAUAACAGUGAUAAUAACAAUGGUGAUACUGAUACCAACAUUGGGGCUAUUGCUGAGGGAAUGGAGAAUAAUUAUAAAUAA